AGUUUUGCUGACUAGAUGAGAGCGAGACCAGAACUCUAUAGCAUUCUUCGCAGACUGCUUAGGAGAGAUCCAAUGGGUGCACUUGGCUAUGCAAGUUUGAAGCCAUCCCUCAUGAAUAUUGUUGAAUCUACUAAUGGUCGUCCUUCUGAGAUGGGUAUAGUUGCUGCAUCAAGAAAUGGUGAGGUUUUAGGCAACCAAACUGUUCUGAAAAGUGAUCACUGCCCAGGUUGUCAAAACCAAAACUUACCUGAAAGAGUGGAGGGUGCCCCUAAUUUUCGGGAAGUUCCUGGUUUUCCAGUUUAUGGAGUGGCAAAUCCAACUAUUGAUGGAAUACAAUCUGUGAUACAAAGAAUUGGUGGCUCAAAAAGUGGUCGUCCAGUUCUUUGGCACAAUAUGAGAGAGGAACCUGUUAUUUACAUAAAUGGAAAACCAUUUGUGCUCCGCGAGGUUGAAAGACCAUACAAAAACAUGCUUGAAUACUCGGGCAUUGAUCGUGAAAGAGUGGAAAGAAUGGAAGCUCGACUGAAAGAAGAUAUCCUGGGAGAAGCUGAACGUUAUGGAGGUGCCAUAAUGGUUAUUCAUGAAACAAAUGAUGGGCAAAUAUUUGAUGCUUGGGAACAUGUAAAUUUUGAUGCUAUUCAGACUCCACUUAAGGUUUUUAAAUGCUUAGAGGCUGAUGGUUUUCCUAUUAAAUAUGCACGUGUACCUAUAACUGAUGGUAAAGCUCCAAAAAGUUCAGACUUUGACAUGUUAGCAAUGAAUAUUGCUUCACCGUCCAAGGAUACUGCUUUUGUUUUCAAUUGCCAGAUGGGCAGAGGAAGGACAACCACUGGCACUGUAAUAGCUUGUCUUUUAAAACUUUGAAUUGAUCAUGGUAGGCCUAUUAAAAUCUUGCUUGAUACUAUGACCCAUGAAGAGGUGGAUGGUGGAAC